AUGUCUGCCAAUGACCGCGCCGCGUAUAUGAGCGCUCCACGACCCCGCGCCGUCUCCAAUCGCGUCGAUUCCGAAACCCGUGGACCGUCGCCGCUACAAGUCGAGAACAAGGAUCCUUUGCGCCACAGCACCUCGAGUCAGAAACACAGAGCUUCCCGCGAUCAGAAGAGCAUGUCCGAGAAGCGCCAAGAACGAAUGGUGGUCACAUCACGGGAAAAGGCAGUGCGAAGGAACCCUGCGAACCCUGCAGCUAGCAGAGGCGAUUGGGAUAGGACUCGGCCUCGGAAGCCCGUUCAACUCGAUGACGCAAACCCCAGUUCUCGGAAUGGGGAUAAUGGCGCGGUAGAUUCUCCGUGGAAUCCCCAAGCGUCAUUGAUACCACACUCGACAGCUCCCCUCGCAUGUCGUGUAUCAGUUCCCCCUCUAGCUUCGACGGCCCCGCAAGCCCUUCACCCUCGGCCACUCCGAGAGCUCUCACCCGAUGCCCAGGAAGCAGCGAUCCUGGAGGACUUGUUGUUCGUCUUCAUGGGAUUUGAAGGUCAAUACAUUCACUACGCUAGCUCAUACGAUCCAUCGAUCGAGAAAGACCGGCUUACGGGCCCAGUCUUCAAGAUAGCCCCGGGCCUAGAUCCGACACUCCGUGACCUCAUCCAGUCAAUGCUGAAAAUGGCGACACACUACAGUGCUAUGGAGGCAUUUGUGGAAAUACAAAGCCGCGCUGAGUGUGGCGCCGUCAGUCACUCGCUGUGUGCAUCUAUUCGAAGACUCCUCAAAGACUACCUGAUCCUUAUCGCCCAGCUGGAAGGCCAGCUGCUGAACAAUCCUACAUUUACCUUGCACCUCCUUCAUCUCCACACAAUGCCCACCAGUCAAUGUCUAGCCCAACUAUAUUCGAUGGGCCAGGAACUGCUGCUCAAAAAUGGUCUUCUAGAUGAAGACCUUGAGGAGUCGAUUGACGACUUCGAUGAAGAUGUUGACAAUAUACUUGAACAGCUCAAAGAAGGCGGAGACUUAGUACCAGGGUCUAUGGCCCGCAAGAAAAUGUGCAAAGGAGGCAAUAUUCUUGGACUCCUAACGGGACGUCUGGCCUCAUUCUCAGGUGAUCCAAUCACCAAAACCCUGCUUCAGACGUUACUGCGUGAUGCCAGUAGGCCUUACAUGGCCAUGCUGAACGAAUGGCUGCACCACGGCGGUAUCAAAGAUCCCCACGCCGAGUUCCUAGUCAAGGAACAAAAAUGGAUCAAACGCGAGAAACUCGAGGAGGACUACACGGACGAGUAUUGGGAGAAACGCUAUACGAUUCGAGAGCACGAGGUUCCGCCUCAGCUGAAGAGCGUGCAGGAUAAAGUUUUACUCGCUGGAAAGUAUCUCAACGUGGUGCGUGAAUGCGGUGGUGUCGACGUCAGCAAAGAGGUCAAAGAUGUCCCGAACACGCUCGACGAUCCACGCUUCUUGGACAACGUAAAUUCCGCCUACACCUACGCCAAUGCUUCCUUGUUGAAUCUUCUCGUCACGAAAAACUCCCUUACUACCCGGUUCCGCUCCCUGAAACAUUACUUCUUCCUGGAUCGCUCCGAUUUCUUUUCGUACUUUCUUGAACUUGGUGCUUCCGAGCUACGAAAACCGGCACGCGCUGUCAACGAGGGCAAGCUCCAGUCUCUAUUGGAUAUUGUCCUUCGACAGCCCGGCAGUGUUGCAGCACUGGACCCGUUCAAGGAAGACGUCAAGGUGCGAAUGAACAAGAUCGGCCUCACGAAAUGGUUGAUGCAAGUUGUGAAUGUUUCAGGAGUCAACCAAGAGGGCGCAGAAGCGGAGAAGCAACAAGUGUCCGCCGUCCAUUCCACCGACGAGGACAAAGAUAUUCUUGGAUUCGAUGCGCUUGAGCUGGACUAUUCAGUUCCAUUCCCUCUGUCAUUGGUCAUUAGCCGCAAGACUGUUCUGCGGUAUCAACUUAUUUUCCGUCAUCUUCUGUCGCUGCGCCAUCUCGAGACGUUGCUGGUCACGUCCUGGGCAGACCAGAACAAAACCACCAGCUGGCGUCAUAAGUCCUCCGAUCGACGGCUUGAAAUAUGGAAACGACGGGCGUGGAACCUGCGCGCGAAGAUGUUGGUGUUUGUUCAGCAGCUUUUGUACUUUUGUACGGCCGAGGUCAUUGAGCCGAAUUGGGUGGGUCUGAUGGACCGUGUCAACAGCGUUGACGCCGAUGCGUCGGAGGUGGAGGAAAAUGAUAUGAAGCAGGUCAACCGGACGGUUGAUGAACUGAUGCAGGAUCAUGUGGAUUUCUUGGAUACGUGUUUGAAGGAAUGCAUGCUCACACAGGCUAAACUGUUGAAGAUUCAUUCGAAACUGGUGACUUGCUGCACCAUGUUUGCUUCCUGGACUGCGGCAUCACUUUCACGCGCCUUGGCCUCAGCCGAUCCCGACCUGGCUGGAGGCAAAGUCCCGGGCGCUGAUGCCAGAGGAUAUGAUCCAACGCGAAUUGGAAAACUCGAGGACACAUUGAAACGAUACGAGGAUCAUUUCUCGCGCCAUCUUCGCAUUUUGAUGGACAGCUUGAACUACUUCGCUGCCACGGAGAGUGUGGUCCUUCUGAAGCUUGCACACUCCUUGACCUCUAUCAGCCGAGAGGAGAGUAAAGAGGAUUGA